GACGAGCGCGGCCUGCCUCCCGCGUCCCCGCCGCAGUAAGAGUCCCCAGCCCGGCGCGCCCGCCGGCUCCGCAGCUCUGAGUCACAGCUCUCAGCCCGGGCAGACGGAAGCAAGAUGUCAUCCGCCGCCGGGGUUCCCCGAAACAAGUACCCCUUCAAGAAGAGGGCCAGCCUGCAGGCCCCCGCCAUGGCAGAGGUCCGUAGCGGGACAGGCUCCCGCACCCUGCAGUCUGCACGCUCCCUGCCAGGGACUCCUCACUGCCUGAAGCACUACCCUGUUGAUCUGCGCACCUCCAUGGAUGGCAAGUACAAGGAGAUUGCUGAGGAGCUGUUCUGCCGCUCUCUGGCAGAGAGCGAGAUGCGCAGUGCCCCCUAUGAAUUCCCCGAGGACAGCCCCAUCGAGCAGCUGGAGGAGAGGCGCCAGCGCCUGGAACGGCAGAUCAGCCAGGAUGUGAAACUAGAGCCGGACAUUUUACUCAGAGCCAAACAGGACUUCCUGAAAAUUGACAGUGCUGCUGACUUACAGCUGUUCAAGGAGCAGAGCGAGGACCUGGUGGAUCAUGUCCCAAAGGAGCGGGAAGUGCUGCUGGAGAGGGAAUUCCAGAGGGUCUCCAUCUCUGGGGAAGAGAAGUGCGGGGUGCCCUUCACGGACCUGCUUGAUGCAGCCAAGAGCGUGGUGAAGGCGCUGUUCAUCCGGGAGAAGUACAUGGGGUUUUCCCUUCAGAGCUUCUGCAAGACCACCUCCCGCUACCUGCAGGACCUCUCUGAGAAGCCCCUUGAGACCCGGGUCUGUGAUGAGAUCCCAGAGACCCCUGUGGCUGCAGAUGCUCCGGUGCACCCACCAUUCACGGACCGGCACCCUUACGAGACCUGCGAACCCCAGUCCAUGCCCAGCGACCUGGGCUUUGGCCUCAAGAUGGUCAAUGGCGUGGUCCAUGUCUACACCAAGCAGGAUGUCACUGACAAGAGCACAGAGCUGGACCUGCCGUACCCUGAUUUGCAGGAGUUCGUCGCUGACAUGAACUUCCUGAUGGCUCUGAUCAUCCAUGGGCCCAUAAAAUCCUUCUGCUACCGGCGGCUGCAGUACUUGAGCUCCAAGUUCCAGAUGCACGUCCUGCUCAAUGAGAUGAAGGAACUGGCGGCUCAGAAAAAGGUCCCGCAUCGUGACUUCUACAACAUCCGCAAGGUGGACACCCACAUCCACGCCUCCUCCUGCAUGAACCAGAAACACCUUUUGCGCUUCAUCAAGCGGGCCAUGAAGAAGCACCUGAGUGAGAUUGUUCAUGUGGAGAAGGGCAAGGAGCAGACCCUGAAGGAGGUCUUUGAGACCAUGAACCUCACAGCCUACGACCUCAGCGUAGACACGCUGGACGUCCAUGCGGAUCGUAACACCUUUCACCGCUUUGACAAGUUCAAUGCCAAGUACAACCCCAUUGGGGAGUCGAUCCUGCGUGAGAUCUUCAUCAAGACGGACAACCGGGUCUCGGGGAAGUACUUUGCCCACAUCAUCAAGGAGGUGAUGUUUGACUUGGAGGAGAGCAAGUACCAGAACGCGGAGCUGCGCCUCUCCAUCUAUGGCCGCUCACGGGACGAGUGGGACAAGCUGGCCAGGUGGGCUGUGUACCAUAAGGUGCACUCCAACAACGUGCGCUGGCUGGUGCAGGUGCCCCGUCUCUUCGAUGUGUACCGAACCAAGAGGCAGCUGGCCAACUUCCAGGAGAUGCUGGAGAAUAUCUUCCUGCCCCUCUUUGAAGCCACCAUCCACCCUGCCAGCCACCCAGAGCUGCACCUCUUCCUGGAGCAUGUGGACGGCUUUGACAGUGUGGAUGAUGAAUCCAAGCCUGAGCAUCACAUCUUCAACCUGGACAGCCCCUUGCCUGGGGCUUGGCUGGAAGAAGACAACCCGCCCUACGCAUACUACUUGUACUACAUGUAUGCCAACAUGACUGUGCUGAACCACCUGCGCAGGAAGAGGGGCUUCCACACCUUUGUGCUGCGCCCGCACUGUGGGGAAGCAGGGCCCGUCCACCACCUGGUGUCUGGCUUCAUGCUGUCAGAGAACAUUUCACAUGGCCUCCUGCUCCGCAAGGCCCCCGUGCUGCAGUACCUCUACUACCUGGCCCAGAUUGGCAUUGCCAUGUCCCCGCUCAGCAACAACAGCCUAUUUCUGAGCUACCACCGCAACCCGCUUCCCGAGUACCUGUCCCGUGGCCUCAUGGUCUCGCUCUCCACUGACGACCCGCUGCAGUUCCACUUCACCAAGGAGCCCCUGAUGGAGGAGUACAGCAUCGCCACGCAGGUCUGGAAGCUCAGCUCCUGUGAAAUGUGUGAGCUUGCGCGCAACAGCGUGCUCAUGAGCGGCUUUUCCCACAAGGUGAAGAGCUACUGGCUGGGCCCCAAUUACCUGAAGGAAGGGCCUGAGGGGAAUGACAUCCGACGCACCAAUGUGCCGGAUAUUCGGGUGGGCUACCGCUUUGAGACGCUGUGCCAGGAGCUGACCCUCAUCACGCAGGCCGUGCAGACAGAAGAGCUGGAGACCAUCCAAGAGGAGGACUCCUUAACCAUGAGCUUCAGCCCGGGGCCUCAGUGAAGGACCCUGGCCCCUGCUCUUGCCCACAGGGGCUAGGCAGGCUGGAGGCUGUGCCAGAGCAUGAGCAAACCCCCCUGCCAUCUCUGUAGGGUCUGGGCUCCUGUCCCCCAUGGCCCCUGUUUCUUUCUUGACGUUGGUUUCAGUGCAUUCUUUCCCUCUGCAUUUCCCCCUCGAAAGGGGUUAAUUUGGUUCCUUAGCAGUCUCCCUUGGUAACGUGCUGGUGCCUUUUUUUAGUGGUUGGUUUGGUUUUUGUUCUCUUAAACUCUUUGGAUUUAUUUUUACUUUCUGCAAGGCCAUGAGGGUGGUAGUGCCCAGGCCCUCCGUAGUGCUUGCCGUUGAAGGCUGGGCGUGUGGGGGGCUCACACAUCUGGGACUGCACGAGUCCUGGUGCGAGUGUGCAGGGGGAUGUGCCCUAGGGCUGGACGCUGGGGAGCUGGAUGGUGUCAGAGCCCUGAGCACUGGAUGUGCUUCGGCACUGGUGGUUUGUCCCCUCGCGCUGAGCAGGGUGCUGCUCUCUGUGUGGCAGGAGCCUGUGUUGUGUCUGACAGAGUCAUUGCCUUGAGUUGAUGCCAGUUGGGUGCCUCCUAGGACCACAGUCCCCUGUGGCCGGAUCUGCCAUGGGGCAAGAGGCUGAGAACCAAGCUUUGCCCUUGUUCAGUACCCAACUUGCCGCAGUGCUACCCCAGCUAGCCGGCUUGUUUGUGCCAUGGCUCCAGCUGGGCCAUUUGCUAGUGUUAUUUUUUUAAAUAAGGGAGGAUCUACCCUCCCGACUUAUCAAACUGUGAUGCCCAAAUCCUCCGGGCCAGGACAGUGGAUGGUGUCCUCCCUGGCCCUCACUCCUGGCCUGGGGUAGCAUGGAGGAAAAGCCUUUCAACCCAGCCAGAGAGCUGGGGAAAAGGCUGGGCCUUGCCAUUUUUAACUCUGUAUGCAUCUAGUGUCAGUCAGGCCGAGCAUUUCUUGUUAUCUCUCUGUCCAUCUGAAUGUCUGUCUGCCUCAGCAAUCAUGUCUUGGUAGGUGAGGACGGGGACAGGACAAUGUGUGUCUUUUUUUUUAUUAGCCCUUUAACUUAGAUCCUCUUGAUCAGGGCAGAUCCAGCUAGCUCUGUUUCUUGGGCAAUCUCAUCUGCUUCCCUUAGGAGACACGGGCAGCUCCUACUCUUUGCUGGUGUCCAAGGAGCAAGCAGCCUCUGUCUGUGCAUGGUGCCAGUUCUGUGCUUGCAUGUGCCGUGUUGUAGGGGCUGGAGACCUGUUCACCCUAGCAGCCCUCCCUGCGAGGCCAUGCCCAUCCUCAGCUAGCAGCACUGCUGCUUGUUGACUCUUUUCCUGUGAUCUGUGGCAUGAAGGGCCCCCUUGCUUCACUGCACAUCAGUGAGCUUUCACUGUGCCCCAUGGCCAGCUGUCCCUGUGCUUGGCCCCUUUGUCGUUACCAGAGUAUUAUACCCAACCGUUCUCUCGCCCUCAGCUGUUGGAGGGGAGGGGGGGAAGUUGGCAGCAUCAUAUGGGGAAAUGGGGGUUUAGGGCACCAUUAAGAGGGUCUAGGAAAUCAUGGGUGACUGGUGCUGCCUUAGUCAGGGGGGGCACAUACCCCUGACUGGAGGGAUCCCCCCGCAGUCAAUCUUGCUGACUGGGGGGUGGGUCCCGGGGUCCCACCCACGGCCAGUCUUGCCGUCUGGGGGGACCCCCACGGCCAAUCACUGCAGUCGCUUCUGGGAGCGGCUGCACUGAUCGGCCAGCACUUGCACAGGGGGCAUGAGCACUCCUGCCUGCCCCCCCUGCCCAUCACCUAAGUGGUGGGUGUGGCUGGUCAGGGGAUGCACUGGUGCUCUCACAUGCACUCCCUACACUUUGCCACUGUAGGAAAUGACCUUCCUGUUGUGGGCAAGGACUUCAGCCUUGGAAAGCCAUCUAAGGCAGUUCAGGGGUGGCUGUGAGGGGUUAGAGCAAGGGGGUGAGAGCCCUUUAUUGCUGUGCAUGGCUGGAGGCAGAGCUCUCGUGGCUCCCUGCUUCCCACGAUGCCUUGGGAGUAGUCUCCCUCCUCCAGCACCCAGUGCUUGCUCUGCAGGAUUUGGCCCAACUAGAGUCAUCAGUUGAAUGCCAGCCCCCACCACUGCCUUUGGGCACGUAGUUAUGAGCAGUGUGCACACCCACACUGGGUUAGCACACUGCUGGGGCGCAGGGGGCUUCUUGCCAGGGCAGGCAGCAGGUUGGGUGCUUCUCAUGGCUGAGAAGGCCUGAAGGUCCCAGCUACCCCACGUGAGCCACUGUCCUAGCUGUGCCCCCCUUAGCAGGCCCACCCAAUAACAGAUCCCAGGAGCCAAGCACUUAGUAGGGGUCAGGGCUUUUUUCAACUGUCCUUGUGGGUGACAGAAGAGCUCUCCGUUCCUGUGUCUGUUAUGGGUUGCAGAACCACACUUCUUGUCCAGUCCUCAUACCGGAUAAACUUCGGAGAUGCUGCCAGGCCCUGCUUGGUCUCUGGCCAGUGCUGUCACAGGGCAAUGCAGGUGAGCCCAUGAGCAGGCUUCAAAGCCAGAGGGACCCUACAGACCUCAGUUGUGGGCUUGGGCAGGUAGACUCAUUUGGUUGUGAGGGUUGUUUCCAGCUGUCCCAGUUGUCCUGUGCUCCCACCACACCCCACCUUGCUGGUUCCGAUCUUGCUUCUCUGCGCUACGUAUCAACAAACGAGUUAGUUGGAUAUUUCUUUGUACCUUGGAGAUGGGGUUCAUCUCCUGCCAUCGCCUUGGAAUCUGUGUGUUGUCUGAGUGAACUGUCCUGCACUGGGUCGUUGCUCUGAAAUGUCGUGUUUGAAAAAAGAGCAUGAGAAAUAAAUAGAAGCUAUUUAAGUAAAA